AUGAACCGCCAACCUCCAACAAGACCCAUCUCUACCUCCGCCCGCGUCCACCCACCAUACCUCCCAUACCUCCACAACGCCUCACGGACGAAGAGCAGGAGCCUGAAAUGGCUCCCACCUCUCGCGGCAGUAGUCACAGCCGGCUAUGCCGUCUCCUCCUACCGUGACGGCACCCAGCUCACUUUCACACCUGGCUCCUUUUCCUCCUCCUCCCCUACAUCACCCUCCCACCUACCUUCCCUCUCAUCAUCAACAUCAUCACCAGCCUCCUCAUCGCCAUCCUCCUCUUCCGCUCGCUACUCAUCCGCCGUAUCCCCACCAACCUCGGGACCCGCGCAACAAGCCGAGAUGGAGCGCCUACGGCGCGAGGCUGCGAUGGCGGAGGCGUAUGGGGACCGCGGGAGCUUGGCGGAGUUGGAGAGGGCGAUGGCUGUUUAUGAGGCGCAGAGGAGGUGA